GAAUAGGCAUUAAUGCAAUGGAUGUAAUAUUCUGCCAAGCUAGCAAGACAUCGGGCAUAUUGUGAAAUUGGGCCUAUUAACAGAUUCAAAAUGUCAUUUCUUCAAAAGCUGUGCAUUUUUACAUUCAUCGGAUUAUUCAUCUUUUUCACAGAUGUCCACUUCGCCAACGCAGCAUCUGUAUUGAAGAACGGCACCCAUCAUGGCCGUCAGAACCAGAAAGGAAAUCACUUCGGGGUGGGCAGUCCGUUAAACGAUGAAUAUCAACAGCAAUUACAAAACUUGGAGCGAACAAAACGAGCUUCGCCCCUUGAAAACCUAUUCCAUCUUCCCGAUGCAUUUGGAAAAGUGGUUGGGAACGUACUUACGGGCGCACACAACUUAAUAGACAAUAUAAACCCGUUAAAGCCCUUCUUUUCAGGAAAUGUUUCCCCAGUUACUAGGGGAAAUCCCGCUAAACCUAGAGCAAAUUCAUUUAAAGGUAAACAAAUUAGACGUAUAGCAACAACUGCCAUUCCAAAAAAUACAAGCCCAGUACAUGAAGAUCUGCUUGGAAAUAUACUGGGUGGAGCAGAAAAUAUAUUUGAUACAGCACUCGGAAUCAAACCACAGACCACUACUCCUGCACAGAUAAGGAAAACAGUAGCACCACCACCAGGAGGCCAUGGCAGGGGUGUUCCCGCUGUAAUUUUCAAUAUCAAGAAUAUACUUGAAAACGCCCUGGCACUGGUGGGUGCAAUUUUACAUUGGAACGAACAUCCAGAGCCAGGAUAUAUAACGAGUAAAAUUAAAAGUUCAGAACAAAGCGCAAAAGCCCUGGUGGAUAUAUAUUUGCAGAGAAACUUGGAAGGAGGUAUUGGGGACAUACCAGUACAUAUAUGGGAGAUACUGAAGAGCAUCGGAAGCCUAAGUGAUACAUUCAAACACAAUAAUUCUGGAAACAUUUUUGCACUACUUGCAAGUGGACAAACUCUGCUUAAAAGUUUCGGUAAACUGAGGGAAGACUUUGAAGAGCCUGUUUCAACGACUCCGAUACCUGGAGGGUUAAUUGGUGGUUUUCUCCAUGGACUUAGUUUGAUUAUACCGCACAAUAACCCAAAUACUCCUGAAGUAAUUAACCAGACGAGUCUACAAGAAAGGUAUGGAGCAUUUGGAAACGUGGUCUGGAAUACGGGAAAAUUGAUUGAUGCUUUAAAAGACAUAGACGAAACUCUUGAGAGGUAUCACCCUAACAAUACUAUAUUACAGUUUAUCGAGAAAGUCGAGGACUCAGCUGAGCUCUCUCUUGCAAAUAAUACAUUAGACGAUGAAAAUAUUUUAGAUGUAAUUCAGAAAGUCUGGUUUCCAAAUAUGACACUGGCUGAGAUGAUCGGGUACUUUGGUAAAACUUUGAAAAAGAUUUCUCCGAAUUUCGCUAUUGCGCAGAUUAUAGGAGACUUACUGCAACAAAAGUUAUUUGUGGAUUUAGGUUUAAAUAUUCUUGUAAGGAAGGUAAACUUCCUCCGUUUCGGAAAUAUUAAAAGCGUUUUACUUCACACUACUGGAAUUAUAUCAGAUGACUUGCUAGGACGUAGCUUAAAUGGGCUCCUCGCAGACGGCAUUGGAAUCUUGGAAAAAGUUGCAGAAGCCAUCGAAUGGUUUCUGAAAACAUUUCACAGUAUUUUAGAUUGGUUAAGUUUGAAAUUGAAAGGGGGAGUCUAUCUGCGGCAUGGUACAGCAGAAGGUCCUUUGCAUCCUAAAUUUAAUUCAACAGGAAGUUAUGAAUAUUCUGUCAAAGUCCGCCACACAAGGGGGCCCGCUGGUAAUCGAUCUCAGUGAACAUUGUUCCAUUCAUACGCGAUAUUACGUUAUCUAAUUUAAUGAUAUUUAAGCGAUUUAUUAUAAACUUAAAGAAAUUAUCAUUUCCGAAAUAUAUGAUUAUAAAAUUGCAUGUUACGUGACUAGAAAUACAGAACACCUACAAAGAUUAUACAAAUUUUAAAUUAAACUUACCGACAAUGUUGACUCAAGUGAUAUAAUUUUUUAAUUACAGCCCGGUUCGAAUCUCGGUAGGGACACCGACAAUCUUGUCUCAGGUUUUUUGCGGUUUUCCUUAGUCCCUUAACCAAAUGAUUGGAUAGUACCUAACUUCAGGCUACGAAGAUACCUUCCACACCUUUUCCAGUUCGUUAUUCAAUGGAAUCGAAUCAUAUGACGACAUAAAACUUGCGUUGCUGACAGGGCCAUGAAAUAAACUACAGAUGAAUGUAAAUGAAACAUGGCUCUAAGAAACAUUUUUCCCCAUAUUUUGAAAACUGUGAUACCACCUUAUAUUUUAAAGUAUACGCCUCCAUUUAUCUUACUUCAGUUGACAAUAUAUUUAAAAGAUAUUUCUUUAAAAGUACACUAAGCAAGGACAAAUUAAAACAGGAAUUAUAAUUUUAUUUCGUUGAACGUACUGCAUAGAUAUCAUACUGACAUGAGCAUAUUUUAAGUCAAUAACGUAGUUCGAACUCCAAACAAAUCUAUCUUCCUGCAGAUGUAUCCAUUUUAGAGCUCUCGAUAUAAUUCAUAAUUACUUUCCCAAAAUAGAGAUUCAAUACUCCGUUCAACCAUUAAUAUGCAUUCCAUAGGUAUAUUAUUAUUUAUUUUAUGUACAAUUUUUUAUCUUAUACGUUUUAUUCAGUGGUUUUAUAUCGCAAACAAAUACCUUUGUAAGCUAGACUAGUGAUGCAUAUCUCAGACUACGAACCGUUAGUAGAAAUUCAGUAUUUCCUAUACCAGUAUUAGUCGAAAGAAAACACCUGAAGGGUUUUCAUAUUACAAGGAUGUAAGAUGCAUACAAAACACAUAAGGCAUCAAGAAAUCCGAAUAUAAGUGAUAAUGCAAUCAUUUUUAUAUGCAGAGAAACGAAAUGCAUUAGUAAACCCGUGAUACAGGAUGUGUCAAAAUGAUUGUCUAUAUAGGCUUGUAACAGGUGUCCAGGAGUCGAAGCGAUGAAGAAAGUUAUCAAUGUAAGUCUGCAUAUCAGUAUUAAAGAUACAUAUGUUUACUGAUGAUUUCAAGAAAGUAAUGAUGAUAAUAAUAAUAAUAAUCAUAGUAUAUUAUAGCAGACGCAUGACGUGGUCACAUUUCACUGGGAUGAGUGUCUCUGCUUGACGAAGUUAAACAGUUUGUAUCCUCAAUCAUUAACUAUUUAUAUUUUAUACAUUAUAUAUUAAAUAUAUGAAGUAUUAAAAUAUUAAAUAUAUAUGUUUUGUAACAGUGAGUAGAAACUCUAAAAUCACGCAAAUACCAUAGCAACGAAUUCCAGAGAAUUGCAUGGACGUAUAUUAUGUAGCUGGUCACGAAUGGACGAGCAGUAUUCUGUUUCUAAUAAAGAAUACAUUUCCUUGGAAUCAAAUAACCUAUGUCUUCAUGGCGUGGGGCUUAAUUAAUUAAGCGCAGGGAUAACUUUACCUUAUGUGACCUAUCCAUGUAUGACCCUAGAAAAUUUCAAGCAUAUUUAACGGUGCAGUAAUAUGACCGUUUGUGGUGUAUGUGUAUACCCGAUAUCAUUGGCCGCCUCGACAUUGGUUCCUACUUGGAAAUAAACAGCAAGAUAUUAUAUAUGACUUGGUAAUCAACUGGAAAA